GCACUCUGGAGUUGACUGCUUUUCUGAUGUUCGUAUCAACUUGCAUCGACCUACCGAGGGGACGCCGGCCCGUUCUACAGACCCGUGGUUCACGAGCCGGCCGUUGUGCGGAGCGGAUUCAUGAGAGUUAAUGCGAGCACAAUGUCUAGCCUGCCUUGGUUGUGUUACGCCAUGCCCGGGCCAAGUCAUCAUUUCGACAUUAUCUCCGCCGACGCUGGGUCCGUUCGUUCAUGUUUAGGGAUGUCGUGAGGUGUGAGACAUGAACGCGCCAUCCAAUUCGUCACCUGAGAAGUACCAUCCGGAACCGCUCCGUUUAGCUACUGGCUCGGCAGCCUGGUAUUUCGGCCUUUUCCUAUGCCUGGAUCUGAAGACAUUGGCAAAAUGCAAGCGCCAACACGGACCUGUCGGAGAUAUUGAUGAUGGGCACCUUUCAGGGUGACGGACAUUUACAAUCUGUCGCCGACACGUGCCUACUGCGGCUUGUUUCAGGAUCCUUGCAACCCUUCUCUCUUCACCCAGCUUGCUGGAUACCAUGACCGGCUUGCUGCUGCGAGCCCCAGAAUAAGCAUCAUGUUGACUGCACAGGUGCUGAAUCUGCACGGUUUCGACAAUCCUUCUAGAAGAAGCACGGGGUCUGCAGCACCAAUCCCCCAGAGACGGAUCUAGAGUCAAUUGUACGGUCCGAUAUGCUUUGAGACUGGCCAGGCGUUGCAGCGCCGUUGGAUAUUGUGGCUCACCAACUGCGCCAACCCGUAACCACUUCCCAGCCGUCCUUAAUUGGAUUAUCGAGCAUUUGGCCGGUGACAUGCACGUACCCGGGUUGUCUUUGUCCUCCUCUCUCCGCCAGUUUCCAUCCCCCAGUCACAUAGUCAUUCGCCUACGCGAAGAAGAUCGGCGGGAAAUGACAAUAGCAAAGUGUGCGCGGACUCCCCGGGAGGAUGCGGAGAAAAGGCCGAACUCGACAAGCUGCAGAUGAACAUUCAAUGAAGUUGUUCUGACAAGACCACAAGCGGUCGCUG